AUGUACGACGGAAUAGAUCAACAGAGAGCAACCCCAGCCUACACCCAACGCCAUGUGAUUGACUUUUGGCCUCAUGGACCUGAUCACAGCUUGAUUUUGCUUCAUGCAGUCAUGUGUGCUUGACUGUUGAUCAAGUUUAAUGCGCCUGUUGUCCAAUUCACCUCAACAUCCGUCAUCUGGAUCAUGUGCAGCUGCAUCAAUGAGAUUCUCCGUGACGUUGUGCAAGAAGUUGGCGCUCAACUCUUGGCCAACAUGCUCACUGGCAUUCGAUCAAUUGCUGAUCUAGGCACUGCCAUCUUUGACUGUGGGCAUGUGAGCAACAUAUGUUGGCAAUGGCAAGCAAGACAGGCUCAGCGCUUCAUGGUGGAUCUCUGUGGUACCAUGCGCUCCUCUUCAAUCAUGCUGAGGAGCAGUGAUGAAGUCCUUGUUGACUAUCACUUCUUGGCUGUCCUCACUGCCCAUGAAGGAGUCCUCAAGUACUGGCCAGACUAUGCAAAGGACUGGAACUUGCUCAUGUACCUUUCCAAUGCUGUUUUCCGUGCUGCUGAAGAGCUCCAGAACCGGCAGCUUCUUGGCAAUAGUCUGGAGUUUUGCCUUGCUCAUGCCACAGACACGCAACCGCCUUGA